AUGAAGAGAACAAGAAAGCGUUCUCAUAAGAAAACUGAGGUAAGUCAGGAAAAUUCUGACGAAUUAAAAAUAAAAUAUAGAAAACUCAGUAACGGCUCAAAAGAGCAGGAACAGCGGAUAUCUCCUGGACAUUCCAGGAAAAAGAGAAGUAGGAGCUGCAAUGAGCAGGACAUUGAGAGAGGGAGAGAACCCAAAAGACGGCUCCUUGCUGAGGAACGCAUCAGAUAUCAUGGUCAGAAAAGAUCCAGGACCUCCAGUCAUGAUGAAGAGGAGCAGGUCAUGCAGAAAAGAGCAAAGCUCUCCAAGUCUCCCAAACUGGGUCAGAAAAGUGAGAGAAAGUCUGCUGUAAAGAGCGAUCAGACAUCUCCACCCAGAAAGCAAGCCCUGAAACGAAGCAGGGAAUACCAUCAUGGGGAGCAGCUCAUGCAGAAAAGACCAAAGCUCUCCUCAUCUUCAAAUCAAGUCCUAAAAAGAAGCAGGGAAUAUGAUGAGGAGGAUAAGGAACAAGUUAGACAGAAAAAGAUAAAGAUCUCCUCUGGAAAGCAGGAAGAGGAGAAAAGACAUAAGCAGGAGAUAGGAGAGAAAAAGCGCUUUAAGAAAGAAAACAAGUCAACGAGCGACGAUGAAUGUGUGGCAGGUAGGAUGAACAUACAAGAUUUAAAGAGAUCGGCCAAUUUAAAAUAUUAGAGAGUUUACCCUCAAUUGACCAUACUCUGAACCCAUUCACUACCAUGAGUGGUCAGGCGAUGGUUUUUUAAACUAUAAUGGUGCAGACCAAUAUUUCAGGACCUUUGAUAUAUCUAGAAUAUUUAUCCAUCCAUUAGGAAUUAGCCAAUGAUAUUCAUGUGUAAUGUACCAAAAACUAAAAAGUCUUUUUAAUGAAAUUAAGUUGGUUCCUGUGUUUAUGUUGAAGUGGAGACUAAUAUUAAAUGUGUUCCUUCUUUAAGGAGUAAGUGGACAGUCUGUGGUUGAACCAAAGAAGUCACUGCCUCUGUCAUUCACCGGUUAUAGAUUCCACAAAGUGCUGGGACAGGGGAGUUAUGGAAAGGUGAGUCAACGAGCAAUGUAUACACAUUAUUUAAUACAUCUAUUGAUCUAGUAGGGAACAAUUAUAGGUCUCAUAAUCAUCAUUAUCUUCCUAUAACAAUUCAUUGAGAUUAACUUUUUCUUAUAAAUCUGUGUAUCAUCCAUGAAUGUGGAAAACAUAUUAACAUCUGCAAAGUAUUUAGAACAUUUUAUUGAGACUCCAAAUAAAAUCUCCAGGACUCUUGUAUUCUGUGAUGUUUAAUUAACAUGGUUUCUUAUACUAACAGUUCUAUUAAAUCUUCUUAAAUUAUUUUUAUUAAACAAUUAUUGAAAAACAUAUUGUUAACAAUAUGGAACAGAAAUCAAAGACAAGUAAACAAUUGAAUUAUGAAUAAUGAAACGCAGGUGAGGGUAAAAAAAUAAAGAAAAGAAGACGAUGGGUUCCAUCCAUAGAUACAUGAAAUACAAUUCUCAAAGUUGCACAAAAUACUAUGUGGAGUUCUAUUGAAUCUUUGUAUCUUUCUCUAAACUCUUAUUAUUCACAUUAGAAUUGCAGACAUAGGUAUCGAUUUAAUGUUUGGGUAAGCUUUUCAAAUGAUCACAAUCUCUUUUCCAAUAAUUUAUCUACAGAAGUCAUUACAGUCUACAGGGCAAUUUUGUAGAUAAAUCAUUUAUAUAUUUUUUCUAACAGAUUGUGAACAUUUGAUUAUCAAAGUUUAUCAAAACAUAUUAAAUUGAGACCUUAGCUAGGACCCAGAUCUAUAUAUAUCCCUUACACAGCAAUCAUUCUCGAUCUCUGAAUAUUUCUAUAUCCCUUAUAUAGGGUUCUCAGGUAGGUCCCUGAGCUAUGUAUAUAUUAAUAUCCCUGAUAUAGGGUUCUCAGGUAGGUCCCUGAGCUAUGUAUAUAUAUUCCUUUAUAUCGGGUUCUCAGGUUGGUCCCAGAGCUAUGUGUAUAUAUAUAUAUAUAUAUAUAUAUAUAUAUAUAUGUAAAAAACAGAUAAAAUUCUUAUCUUGUAAUACCUUUUUUAUUGGACUAACAGAAUUUUUUAAUGACAAGCUUUCGGGAGAACCUCCCUUUCUCAAGUGUGAAGCUUCAGACUUGAGAAAGGGAGGUUCUCCCGAAAGCUUGUCAUUAAAAAAUUCUGUUAGUCCAAUAAAAAAGGUAUUACAAGAUAAGAAUUUUAUCUGUUUUUUACAUCUACAUCACUGGACUAAUACGGCUACAAUCUCUACUUGUAUAUAUAUAUAUAUAUAUACACCCAGGGGCGGACUGGGGACACGAAGCAGCCCUGGAAAAAAAAUCUAUGGCAGCCCCAUAAGUCAUUGUGCUAUGUAGUAUGUGUUAUAUAACACACACUACAUAGUAUAUAUAUACACACACACACCUAUCUGUAUAUACACACACACACACACACACCGGUAUUUACAUAUAUAUAUAUAUAUAUAUAUAUAUAUAUAUAUUAUUGGAAUAUUUAUUUUUCAAUUUAAAAUAUUAGUCCUUUUAGGGUAAUUAAAUUAUACAGUAAAGCAUACCGACAUGCAGACACAGACAAUCUUACUGAUGCACACAAAUAGGCUCAUUGACAGACAAUCUCACUCUUACUGGUACACACACAAAUUUAGUACAGACAAACUCUGAUACACACACAAGCUUACUACAGACAAGCUCACUGCACACACAUGCUCACCACAGACAGGAGCAGACACACCCAUGCUCCCUACAGACAAGCUCACUAACACACACAAUCCCUACAGACAAGCUCACUGACACACAUACAAGCUCACUCACUAGCAGACACACACACAAACUCACUAGCAGGUGCACACACACAGAAGCUCACUCACUAGAAGAUGCACACACACAAAGACAUCCACACACACAGAGGCAGAUAUCCACACACACACACACAGAGGCAGACAUCCACACACACAUUGACAGGCAGACAGCCACACACACACAAAAAGCCACACACACACAGACAGAGGCAGACAGUCAAACACACACAGGCAGAUAGCCACACACUUACACAGGCAGAUAGUCAUAUACACACACAGGUAGACAGUCAUACAUAUACACACACAGGUAGACAGUCAUACAUAUACACACACAGAGGCAGACAAUCACACAUUCAUACAUAAACACAGAGGCAGACAGUCACACACACACAGGUAGUCAGUCAUACAUACACACAGAGGCAGGCAGUCACACACACACACACACAGACAGUGUCACACACACACACACAGGCAGACAUUCAUACAUAGACGCAGACAGUCACACACACAGACAGUGUCACACACACACAGGCAGACAUUCAUACAUACACACAGACAGUGUCACACACACACACACACAGGCAGACAGUCAUACAUACACACAGAGGCAGACAGUCACACACACACACAGACAGGCAGACGGUCAUACAUACACACAGAGGCAGACACACACACACACAGACAGUGUCACACACACACACACAGGCAGACAGUCAUACAUACACUCAGAGGCAGACAGUCACCCCGGCCAGCCAUGUGUGAGCUGUGCCGGCCGCCUGGCUCCCCCUGCUCCCAUGGGGUCCUGUGCGGCCGCACAGCUCGCACAUAGCCAGCCGGGAUCACAGGAGCCUGAUCAGUUCUGAAUGAGGCUGUCAGCCCAGCCCCAGGUGCCGCGGCCCACCGGGAAAUUUCCCGGUAUCCCGGUGGGCCAGUCCGGCCCUGCCCUGCCCCACUGUCCCUUAGUAAUUUCCCCUGUUCGUUAAUGAUCUCCCUGCCCCCUUUCCCGUAGUGCUCUCCCCUCCUGUCUCUUAGAGCUCUCCUCUCCUGUCCCAUAGAGCUCUCCCCUCCUGUCUCCUAGUGCUCUCUCCUAGUUCCCCCACUUGGUGCGCCCCCCAUCCCUUAGUGCUCUCUCCUACCCCCCAACCCUUAGCGCUCUCCCCUGUCCCUUGUCCUCUAGAGCUUAGUGGACUUUAGUGGACUCUUCCCCCUCCCCAUUAGUGAAUUCUUCUCCCCCCCACAUUCUCCUCACUCUCCCACGCGCCCCUUGCUGACCCCCAGGUCCCAGAGCUGUGUAUAUAUAUCCCUGGAUAUAGGGUUCUCAGGUUGGUCCCAGAGCUGUGUAUAUAUAUCCCUGAUAUAGGGUUCUCAGGUAGGUCCCAGACCUAUGUAUAUAUAUCCCUGAUAUAGGGUUCUCAGGUAGGUCCCAGAGCUAUGUAUAUAUAUCCCUGAUAUAGGGUUCUCAGGUAGGUCCCUGAGCUAUGUAUGUAUAUCCCUGAUACAGGGUUCUCAGGUAGGUCACAGAACUCUGUAUAUAUAUCCCUGAUACAGGGUUCUCAGGUAGGUCCCAUAGUUAUGUAUAUAUAUCCCUGAUGUAGGGUUCUCAGGUAGGUUCCAGAGCUCUGUAUAUAUAUCCCUGAUAUAGGGUUCUCAGGUAGGUCCCAGAGCUAUGUAUAUAUAUCCCUGAUAUAGGGUUCUCAGGUAGGUCUCAGAGCUCUGUAUAUAUAUCCCUGAUAUAGGGUUCUCAGGUAGGUCCCAGAGCUAUGUAUAUAUAUCCCUGAUAUAGGGUUCUCAGGUAGGUCCCAGAGCUAUGUAUAUAUCCCUGAUAUAGGGUUCUCAGGUAGGUCCCAGAGCUCGGUACAUAUAUCCCUGAUAUAGGGUUCUCAGGUAGGUCCCAGAGUUAUGUAUAUAUAUCCCUGAUAUAGGGUUCUCAGGUAGGUCCCAGAGCUCUGUAUAUAUAUCCCUGAUAUAGGGUUCUCAGGUAGGUUCCAGAGCUAUGUAUAUAUAUCCCUGAUAUAGGGUUCUCAGGUAGGUCUCAGAGCUCUGUAUAUAUAUCCCUGAUAUAGGGUUCUCAGGUAGGUCCCAGAGCUAUGUAUAUAUAUCCCUGAUAUAGGGUUCUCAGGUAGGUCUCAGAGCUCUGUAUAUAUAUCCUUAAUAUAGGGUUCUCAGGUAGGUUCCAGAGCUAUGUAUAUAUAUCCCUGAUAUAGGGUUCUCAGGUAGGUCUCAGAGCUCUGUAUAUAUAUCCCUAAUAUAGGGUUCUCAGGUAGGUUCCAGAGCUAUGUAUAUAUAUCCCUGAUAUAGGGUUCUCAGGUAGGUCUCAGAGCUCUGUAUAUAUAUCCCUGAUAUAGGGUUCUCAGGUAGGUCCCAGAGCUCUGUAUAUAUAUAUCCCUGAUAUAGGGUUCUCAGGUAGGUUCCAGAGCUAUGUAUAUUUAUUCUUUAUGUAGGUUUGUUUUAGGUAGGUUCCCAAACUCUGUAUAGACAUCCUUCAGGUGGUGUUGAAGUGAUGUUACCACGUGAUAUCUGUAAUAUGUCCCCACUGAAUGAAGUUUUAAAUCACAAAGUAGCUGAAAUUUCCCCUUUCGUUUGUGACAUUGUGGCUGAUAUGAGGCUCUCUCCUCCCUCUAUGUGAUGCUCAGGUUGUGCUAGCUUCCACCAAGGACACAGGUCAGGUUGUUGCAAUUAAAGUAAUAAAGAAAGAUAAAGUUAAGGAAAAGACCAUUCAGAAGGAGGAACGGAUACUGCAAAUGGCGAGCGGCAGUCCAUUCCUAUGUCAGGGACUCGCUGCCUUCCAGACCCAGGUAAGAAACGCUGUCCAUAAUGUUUCCUUAUUUCUAUAUAUUUCUAUACGGCUGAUUGUGUUCUGUUAUUAUUAUUACAAUAUAUAUAUUAACUGGAUAUAUGUUAUCUCUCUUGUGAAACAGGAGGAAGCCUCCCUGGUCAUGGAGUACGUACCAGGGGGCAGUCUCCGUUCUUACAUGGCUGGAAAGGAAUGUCUGCCCAUGGGGGAAGCAAGGUGAGUCAUUAAUAGCUCUAGCAGGUAGGAGGAAGGAGUGAGUUUAACACACGAUACAGGAAUGUAAGGAUAUAUACAUAUACCCUCCAUAGUAGGACUAUUAAUGAAGAUCCAUCAGGGGUACAGACUGGGUUAACAGUAAUGUACUAAACCAGAAUUCCUCCUUCAAUAUCAGCCAGACAAUGGGCAAUACAAGAAACCCAGCUCUGAUCCUAUUCUAUGCUCGUGUCCUAUUUAUUCUUUCUUUCUCUCUCUUCCCUCCCUUUUUUCCCCUCCUCCUCAGUGGUAUGUCGCUCACUAGCUGAGGACGGAGAAUCUUACAUCCUUCUGGAAUACGUGAUGGCUUAAAUGGUUGACGAGUUGGAUAAUCGGUUGAUAUCAUGGAUUCCAUCUGAUGAUAUCGUAUAUGACAAUGCUUUCCAUGGUACUUCCUGCUAGGAAAGUUACUAUUGACAUGCAUGCCCAAACACCCAUCUUUGGAUAUACAGAGGCAACUUAGAACUUUUUAGAUGUUUUCCUUAUUAAUAACUAAUUCUGUGUCUGUCUGAGGCAUUACUGCAUGUGUACACAUAAUUCUACCUGCUUUGUUCGAUUUAAAAAUAAAAAUAAAGUUUGUCUAAAACAAACAAAAAAAGAAACUCAGGACUAGCAGUGGGAUACGUUCUGUACUGACUGACGGCAGAUCGGGAGCCACUAGGGGUCAGCUGACCUGCCGCAGCCAUAAGCUGACUUCAGGGUGGAUCUUCUUCUACACACUUGAAAUACAAAUUGCUAUGACCAUGGAUCUUCUUAAUAAAUUCAUAUAUUUAUAGAUUAUUGAUUUGUACAUCUAACAAAUUGGAAGAGACUCGAAGAAUCAUAGAGCAGCUUGUGCAUUAUGGUAGAGAACCGAGAAGGGUUCAAUGGAUAAUAUAUCAAGGGACAGUCAUGUUCCAAAUUAAAACACUGAUGGUUUUAAUAACAAUAUUAAUGAUAAUAAAGUAAACUCUAAUCUCCCAAGGACAGGUCCUGUUUAGUUUAAAAUGAAAAUGUUAUGUUUAUAUUGGUCGCAGAGUGUUUAGCAUGAUGUAUAGAUACUCGUACCUUGCCCAGGUAUAUUUUAUUAUUUUAUUUACUAUUAAUGUUUGGGGGAGAUUGCUUUAUGUUCUUUAUAUUCUGUUUUCCAGGUUCUUUUCAUCAAACCUUGUUUGUGGGAUCCAGUAUCUCCAUUCCCGGGGGAUCCUUCAUCGGUCAGUAUUAGCGAUUAUUUAUUUAGUAAGCGGUAACUUACUCUAACAAGAAAUAAUGUGUUUAUAUCUCUGCUCUGUCCUAUAUCUACAUUUAUAUAUGUCUUCAUCAUUUAGGGAUCUGAAGCCAGACAAUAUUCUCCUGUGUGCCAACGGCUAUCUCAAAAUAGCUGACUUUGGUCUCUCGGCAGAAAAUAUCUUUACAGAUACAACAACCAGAGGACGAGCUGGCACACUGAAUUACAUGGCACCAGAGGUUAGUUAGAGGGUGUGGUUACGUGGAAUGUAGAGGGAGGAGUUACGUGGAGUGGUAUAAGAGCAAUACAGUAGCUAAAGGGGUGUAUAACGAGCAGUAGAAGGAUGACUUACACGAGCUGGGUAUAAGGGCAGUAUCGGAGUAUUAAUGGAUGGACUGACAAGAACGCUAUUGGACUAGCCUAAUAAUAGAAAGAUGGGUAAUGUAUGAAGAUCUCUAGAAUGUGAUAAGUUUGGUACAUUUAAUACCAUAUUUAAUAAAAUUGCAUAUCUUAUGGGUUUUGCCAGGUACUCAGCAACAAUCCGUAUGGCCAAUCAGCAGACUGGUGGUCAUUUGGCGUCAUUCUCUGCCGCAUGAUCACCGGACAGUUCCCAUUUAAUACCAAGCUCAGCAGACAAGAGUACAUAGAGGAAGUAUUAAACAUUAACCCACGUUACCCCACCUGGCUGUGCAGCAAUCCUGCAGACCUCCUGGACAAGGUAAGGUGA